AUCAUGAAUCCUGUUUAUAGCCCGGGUUCUUCUGGGGUUCCCUAUGCAAAUGCCAAAGGAAUUGGUUAUCCAGCUGGUUUCCCCAUGGGCUAUGCAGCAGCAGCUCCUGCCUAUUCCCCCAACAUGUACCCUGGAGCGAAUCCUACCUUCCAAACAGGUUACACUCCUGGCACACCUUACAAAGUGUCCUGUUCCCCCACCAGCGGGGCGGUGCCACCGUACUCCUCCUCCCCCAACCCCUACCAGACCGCUGUAUACCCCGUGCGAAGUGCCUACCCCCAGCAGAGCCCGUAUGCACAGCAAGGCACGUACUACCCCCAGCCCCUGUAUGCAGCACCCCCUCACGUCAUCCACCACACCACAGUGGUGCAGCCUAACGGCAUGCCGGCGACGGUGUACCCUGCUGCCAUCCCUCCGCCUAGAGGCAACGGCGUCACCAUGGGCAUGGUGGCGGGGACCACUAUGGCCAUGUCAGCGGGUACCUUGCUGACUGCCCACUCCCCAACUCCUGUCGCCCCCCACCCCGUCACCGUGCCCACGUAUCGGGCCCCAGGAACGCCCACCUACAGCUAUGUGCCCCCCCAGUGGUGAUCACCCUGCAAACGUUUGUGGAUGGAGCUGUGCAGUCACAUCAUGGAGGUUCCACAGCUGGUGCUGCAGGCCUUGUGCCUCCAACCAGGACUUUCUUCUUAAUGCUCUCGACACUUAGCUAAACACUACUACGGCCGGCCCAGCAGGUCCUAGCACCCUCAGUCUCCAACUGACUCUGUGGGUUGGUCUUAAAGCAAAUCCUGUUUGGUGGGCUGCCAGGCAAUUUUUUAGCUAACUGUAAUGAUAAAAAGGGAGUGUUAAUCUGUUCUGAAUCAUAUCUAGUUGAAUGCAUGUUAAAAAAAACAAACACGAAAACAAAGCUUGCUCAAUCUACCUGCAGUGACUGAUGCAGAACCAUCAUAUGCAAAAUCCAAAGGAAUGGAAAAGUAUUUUACAACUUGUAUCACUAAUGCACUGUUGUAAUGUAUGCAAAGUCUUAAAGUUAUAAGUGUUAAAGUGAAUUUCUUCAUAGAGCAUCUGAAAUCUCUUUGAUGAUUCUUCAGCCUUUUGGGGUUGACGUGGGUUGCCAGUUGGAAACGUGGACUUUCGUUUCCACCCAUCUGUUCCUUUUGCACGGACUGCACUGGGAGAGAGUUGCAGGGACGGGGAGAGUGUGGGGAGGCCACCGCUGCUUGGGGUCCAGCCAGGUUAAUGGCUUUCUCUCCAUUUAGGCUUGUGGGGUCAGUGUGAUGUGGACGUCCUUAGGGAUUACCAUGAA